AUGGCUUGUCGGCCAUACGUAAGCAUCCUUUUAGGUAGAUGUGCUGGCUCUGGCCUGCGUUUUUCGUCAUUAAAUAUAACAUCUCAAAGAACGGGAAAUCUCAAGGGCAUUUUGAUUCUAUUGUAAUUUCCCACAAUGGUAAUAGUCCUCAUUUACCUUCAUGCUUUACAUUAAAAUAUCUAGCUGUUUAUGAUCCAAUUUUUUCUCAAGUUCAAGACAUAGUGUAGUUUGCAUCAAUCUUCAAGAUAUAGUGAAGUUCAGGAUGCCGAUAGGUUAACUUGCAUGAUAUUGUAGAUAAUUUUCUCAUUGUCAAUGUUUGAAUCAUGCGGAGCAUGGAGAUGAGAUGUUCAUUCCGUGUUUAAUCUUUAUGCUGUCGCUACCAAGAGUUAGUAUUGCCAGUCGUAAUAGUUUAGAUUGAUCCUCAUCAGUCCGACUCAAAGCUGUCUGAAAUGAAAUAAUGCGGGUCAAAGUUGGAUUUAUCUUGACGUGAGAUAGUACAGUCAUUUCUGGGGACAAUUUCAAGACAUGGGUUGUUAGGUUUUCCAAGUUAGCUAUACAUUGGAUAAAGAUGUUGUUUGCCAUGAUAUGCCUGCCGCCUGUUUUAAAGGACAGUUGAACGAGAUUCUUGAGCAUCACACAAUGGCGUAAUUCCCAAGGGUCCAAUUCGCACAUUGGAAGAGGUUCCAGAAUGCAAAGAUUCGUAUUUGUUGCUGCGUUAGUGAUUAGAACAGUCUGCAGAGAUCCAACUGAAAACAGUACUAGAGUUGGAAAUUACAGUGUCGUUUUGCAUCCAACAAGCAUAUUCUUUUUCUCUCUUCUUUUUCUUUGGCUGCUGCUGAUGCAAUACCUAUUGUAUUUGCUAAUGGGAUGGGCCAUUUUCACUUUGGGAUUUCGCUCUUGCCCACUAUUUGCCUUUCGGCAUUUGUUUCCUUAAUUAAAAUGUUAUUGGUAUGUUGUGCAUUAUUCGUGUUCUGUUGAAGUAGCCUCUCUGUCUUGAGGAGCAUUUUAAGCAUCAUUGCUUGGGCCAAACAAUUUUUCCUUCUGGACGUUUUUGAACGUAUUUGAAGUGUUCUUUAUAUAUAGGACGUACUUAAGCUUUAAACCCAAAAUUUUCGCGUGGAGGUUCACUUCAGUGGUUCCAUUUUCCUUUCGGAUAAGUUUGUGUCUUUGCACAUUGGAGCUGAGUAAGGAACUUUCUGGAUGAGAUCAAUAAAUUUAUUUCAUUUCCGUGUAGAUGAAUCGGGAGAAACUCAUGAAGAUGGCGGGUGCGGUUCGCACUGGUGGGAAGGGAAGCGUGCGCAGGUUUUACACUUUUGUACACUUCUAGUGCUAAAUAUAUUGCUUCUUCUUUUUUUAGUCAGUCUGUUGCUGAAUUAGCUUUGCCCAUGAUUGUAGUAAGUGUUCCAAAUCCGAGCAAGGAUGCUGGUUGUAUCUGCCUACUUCGCUGUCAUUGCGAAUACUAA